CACCUACAGGAGGCUACAAACGUAAAGCACGACGGGAAAAACGGUUUUAACAGGUAAAAGGUCGAGUCUGAAUAUCCGGGAAAGUGCAAGAAACGAGGAAGUGCAGCCGUUAAGCUAAUAGCAGGUGAAGUGCAAGCAACAUCACUCCUUCUGCUGCUUCCACACAUACCGAGGAGCUGUUUGUUCACCUACACUCACAGCAAAAUGCCCGAAUUACAGAGACCGAGGAUUCAAGCUAUUGACACUAGUGCAAGUGGUGGACUGGAGGGGUUCAAGGCGCAUGCUGUGUUCCAGGAAAUCGACAAGAAACUGCAGGAGGAUGGGGAGCAGUUUGUGAAAAAGAUUGGUGGAGUGUUUGCCUUCAAAGUAAAGGACGGCCCAAGUGGAAAGGAGGCAACUUGGUUUGUGGACGUGAAAAACGGCAAAGGCUGCGUUCACAAUGAUACUGAUAAGGAAGCCGAUUGCACCAUUUCUAUGUCAGACGCAGACUUGUUGGCCUUGAUGACUGGGAAAAUGAACCCACAAACUGCAUUUUUCCAGGGCAAGCUGAAGAUCACAGGAAACAUGGGUCUGGCUAUGAAGCUACAAAACCUGCAGCUGCAGCCGGGCAAAGCCAAGCUGUAGACGAGAUGCUGGAAAGAGAACAGAGAUAAACCACGAGGAAUUCAACCGCAAGCCUGGUUUCAGAUAAAUGUUAAAAAUUCUCAUCACUGGACUAAAACACUCUUCCUUUUAGUGACCUCACUGACCAAACACUGGGAUUAGUAAGCAGACAGGCCAAUCUGGAGAACGACAUAGAUGGAGAGAUAAUUAUUUCUCUAAUUUAGUCCCUGCCUGCAGCGAUACUGUUAGUCCAACGUAGUAGAGACAGGUACCUCCCUACUUUGUGAUACUAAUUCAGUUCUUGUCCAAUUUUUCUGUAAUCUUCCCUGCUGAUGAAAUCUUUCAGUGUAAUAUGUCUAGAAAUGUUUGAAGAGUAGAGCAGAUUGGUGUAAUAUUCUUCAUAAUAAUGGAUUGAACAGUCAAAGUGCCUCCUCAUCUCAGAUUAUGGUUUCUAGGCAGAAAUGUAGUAUUUUUUUUAAAGUCUGCCUAACUAAUACUAAUACAAAAUACAUAUUCUGCUCUUCUCUUAUUGUAUGAAUCUCUAAAAUAUUUCUACAGAAUAAACAUGUCUUUCCUGGG